CUUGUCACCAAUCGAAAUUCUCAUCACGCACAUCGCUUGGAGCUCUGCAUAGAAGAAGAAUUACUCGGACGUGCUCAAAGUCUUUUCUUUUCGGUCUUUUUUCUUUUCGGGCCAGAGUUCUCAUCAAGCAUUCCACAGCCAGGCCAAACCAAAUUGUCUCAGCCUGGUCACGUGGCCCCUCAGUGUUGAGAGCCCCAAAAACGAUGACGAUGACGGAACCAAUCAGCAUGCGCGCCCCCACCCUUCGCGCCCCAAGCGCGUCUCUCCUUCGAACGCAUCGUGUCGUCGCGAACUCUUGAAAGACUCUCAACACAAGCCUUUUGCACAUUGUCCGCAGCCGCCCCGUCGUUCUGAAUCGUCUUGAACCAGUUUUCCCGCAUUCCGAGACCAACCAUGCUAGCAACUGCGUGGCCUUCGUUCGGCAACACCACCGCGAGAACGUCGCCGUCUGCGCACCAGUACCUUCCCUCCCGUCCGUCGCCGCUGUCUCCACGGAACGCGAAUGCGUGUCCUCGGCCUCAAUUCUGGGGUGUACGCAUGACUGCCAUGAGCUCGGACACGCGGUCAAACACGUCGGCAUCGUCGUCGGAGAACGAGACGCCCUUCUCGAAGCGAGACGUCAAGCCCAACCCGCUGCUCAAAAAGGCAAGGCAGACCCCCGACGAAGCACGGGAAAGGCGGCGCGACAUGUUCAUGAAGAAGGUCGAGCGGGGCCGGGAGGAGAAGCAAUGGAAGGGACGGAGCGACCAGAUUCUGAGAUCCGAUUACAUAGCACGUCGUCGACGCUGGGAAGAAGAGCGCAAUCGCGAGGCUCUUCGUUUCUUCCCCGACUACGAGGACGAGGAACUGCCAUCAGCAAGCAGCGUGCAGCAGGCUGACGCUGUGCCGUGGCCUGGAACGCCUCGCCUCGUAGCCCAGCCCGACGACGAGCAGCAGGUCGAUGCGAUUGCGCAAAUGGAAGAAGAGGAGCUGCGAGCACUUCUUGAGAUGCAAGAGCAACACGACGCCGACGCUCAAGUCCAUGAAUACGACAUCCCGAGCUCGCCAACGCGGUACGGAAGUGACGAGGAGGACUAUGACGAGAUCUUCAUGGAGCUGGUGAGCUCCCAGCACGACAACGAGGCUCGGGUAUCUGCACAGGCUCAAAGACAGCACGAAGACGCGGAAAUGAUGGACAUGCUAUGACAUGGAUGGAACUGAAUGGGAUUGCUGUUCAAAAUUCCUACUCUUAGACAGGGCCUUUCUUGCCCUGGCGGGGUUUCCGAAACUCCCCUCUUUUUAUGCAACGCAGAUGUAGACGGGCAGAGAUGGGGGUAUAAUCAUCCACAUGUCCUGGCUUUGCUCAGCAUCUUCAGGAUACACAUCAUCAUUGGAUGCGUUGCUAUCGCGGAUUAAAUAGCAGUCUACCAUAACUUUCUUUUUCCUUCCUUGAGUCUAUUGCUGGGGGCAGCCGGAUUCAAGAUCACCAAGUGCCUCCUGCGCCGAAUUCAUGUCGCCUACCAGAUCGGGCGGAGGGGAACCAGCAGCUUGCAUCUGUACAUAGCACAAUUAGUCUCGUCCUCUUUCCGCAGCAUCCUCGUGCCCAGGCUUGGAACAAAUUGAGCAAAGGAGGCGAAGUAAAC